AUGUUCUCGCUCUCCUCGUGGCUCUGGCCGACCCCGCCCACCCCGCUGGAAAUCGAUGCGUUCCCGCACGUCAUCGACGCCGUGCUCGAGUCCGCCGACCUCUCAACGCUCUUAGUCCUCCGCCAGACCUGCCGCGGCAUGAAGGCUCUCGUUGAUGCGCGCUUCGCGCACAUCGUUGCAGGCCCCGACGGCUCGCUGCGCGCCGUGCCACGCCGCCCCUCCCCCGCAUUUGAGGAGCAGUACGAGGGCAUCGACAUCGCGCCCCUCGUCGACGCAUGGUGCCGCUCCGCCGCGGGCGGCGCGAGCUGGUUCCGCCGCCGCCGUACCGUCAAGCCAUUCAUCUUCCGCACUGCUCGCCAGAUCGACCGCUACCACUGCCCUGGGCAGGCUGCACCGGGCGCGUCGCCGCCCGCGCCGUGCUCGGGCGAGGGCGAGGACGGGUGUCCGUGCUCGUGCGCGCCUGUCCGUGGCUUGGUGCACUUUGACAACCUCGAGGCCGUGCGCGAGUGGCGAUGCCCCGAGGAGGCAGAGGGCACGCGCACCCCCAUCGGCGCGCGGUGGAGCCUCGACAAGCACCUCUCGAGUUUGUACGCGCUGCGUCCCGCUGUCGCUGCGGUUUAG